GUCCUCCGAAGCGCGUCUUUAUGGCACUUCAGUCCUCCAGCAUCCCGGAAGCGUCCCCUCAGUCCUCCGUAAAUCACCUGCUUCCCGCACUCCCGCAACCACAGAAAACGGUUACCGGCUAACCCCCAAAACGCCCGCAGAUUACAAAAAUAAAGCCACCACCGCGGAAAUCUCUUCCCCGCAACCGCAAACUGACAGCACGUAAAGACAGAUGGAGCACUGCAUUUUCCUAGAAUUCCUGACUUUAUUAAAGAUGGAGCUGUGGUUUUCUUCACCGGUUUUGCUGUACGCUGUGGCUGGAGGAUAACUAAGACGGCAAGCUCCUCCACUGCAGAGGAGCCCGUAUGCGCACGCCGACGUAUUUUAGGUGUCCACAAAGUGGAAAGACUGAAAACUGCUGUUGCAGAGAGAGCACAGAGCAAGCAGCUGCCUAGCUCAUCCAGCCACUUACAACAGGGGGGGUAAAUUAAGUCUUAAACAAAUGCCUUUUAACUGAAAUGUUAAUUAAACUCCUAAUGAAACACCUAACAGCGAAUCCGGAGUUUAGAUUAAUUUCCUUCAGCUCCCUCAUGUCAACAUACCGUGGUUUUAAGAGCUACGACCUGUAACCUGAAGCUGCUGAAUGCCAAAUUAGGGCAGGCUCUGACAUUUUGCCAGUGGCUGCACACGAAGUUGAACUGCCCAGUUUAUGCAGGGUACGUAACAGCCUGACAGCUCCUCCUCUGCCGGAGCUGGGACGCUCUCUGGGACGCGCUCCCACGUCCCCUGUCCUUGCCUGUGACCGGACUUUAAAAUCAGCUUUAGAGAAAAGUCUACCGGAUCGGUCCAAGGAGCUGAAUAUACUCCAGGAGGAAGAGAGCAAGCGCGUGAAUUUCAAGGGCUGAAUUUCAAGGUCUGUAACACGCAGAAGAACUAGUUUUGCCCAGUGCUGCUCCUCUGCCCCACGCUGGAGAUGACAGAGCCCAGCAUCCUCUUCCUCCGCGCCUGCCUGGCGUUGCUGGCCAUGCCCAUCUACCUGCUGUCCUUCCUGGGCAUAUGGGAGCCUUUCUGCAAGAAGAUAUUUUUCCCUUUCUUCUUAGAGAAGCUUUCUGCAGUUCACGAAAGUAAAGUGAAAAAGCAGAAGCAGGAGCUAUUUCACAACCUACCCAACUUCAAGAGCCCCUCAGGAGAGCUGAAGCUGCUGGAGAUCGGGACCGGCUGCGGUCCCAACUUCCAGUUCUACCCGCCAGGCUGCAGAGUCACCUGCACCGACAUAAACCCCAACUUCCAGCAAGGCCUCUCCAGAAGCAUGAACAAGAACCAGCACGUCCAGUACGAGCGUUUCCUGGUCGCCGCAGGAGAAGACCUGCACCAGGUGCCCAGCGGCUCUGUGGACGCCGUGGUCUGCACCCUGGUCCUCUGCUCCGUGCAGGACGUGAACGGCACCCUGAGGGAGGUUCUGCGAGUGCUCCGACCAGGAGGCGUUUUUUAUUUCUUGGAGCACGUGGCCGCCGACCGUUCCAGCUGGAGGUACUUUUGGCAGCAGGUCUGCUAUCCGACUUGGAAACUCGUCUUUGCCGGGUGCUGCCUAACGAGGGAGAUCUGGAAGAAUCUCGAACAGGCCAACUUCUCGGAGCUGAGCCUGCGGCACACCAGCGUGGCGCUGCCCUGGACGCCCAUCAAGCCCCACAUCAUUGGGUACGCCGUGAAGUAGCUCACAGCCCACUCCCCUGCCCCCCCGAGUCCUUGGCAUAAACAACACAAACAACACGGCAUAGGCUAAUCCAGACCUCCGAAUCUAGUCAACGCGGUGAAGGACUUUAAUUAACUUUCUGAUUCAAGUGUCAAAUGAGAAGAGAGGGUCAGUUUUCUAAGCGUCUCUGAAGCCCUCGUGCUGCUGACGGUGCCGUGUCAGACCCAGCGCAGCCAUGCAGGAUGCCGGGAGGCUGCAGGAGAAUGGAAAACAGCCCAGCAGGCAGGAAAAUAAACGUAUUAACUCAAAGGAA